AUGGCCUCCAUCGAACCCCAUCUCUAUCUCACAGACCCCUACCGCGCAACAAGCGCCCCUCACCCCCUCCCAUACCCGGUGGAACACACCCCAGUCGAUGGAUCCGACACCAAGCUCCAAGCAAAGCUCAAACAGAUCAAGAAUCUGCUCCAAGAAUACAACCUCCCUCCCGAACCCCACGAUAUCACCGUCACCAAACUAUCCAAGCCCGGAUAUCCUCAUGGCGACGAAGCCCACCCGGGACUGGCUUUCGAGGUCGAUGGGACACCAAUGGAUAUUGAGGUCGUUCAUCAUGAGUACCGGUUUAAGCCGUCUUUGUUUCCGAUUUUGUUUACGCAUCUGGCUGUCGGUGCUUAUGAGGGGAUUAGAGAGGGACUUGUUGAGCAGCUCUGCGCUAGUAUCCCGUCGCCAUGGACCAUGACCUCGUUGUUCCUGGUCGGUCCGUAUCUGGAGAAAUCGGCACCCGCUAUCGUCGUCAUGGUUUGUUCUGGGAGUGCAUACAACUGGACUGAGAUCGUCUCAUAUAUCCAGAUGCUCAUCAUGUAUCACGAUCCAAGUCUCUCAAUGGAUAUCGACAUUAUAAUCAUCCCGGGCGAUAUCAACUCCCCCACAAACCCUAACUAA